AUUUGGGGCAGGGGCUGCCCCGAGCGCCCAGGGGGAACUUGGCGCUGUGCCCGCGCUCCGGGCAGGCAGGACUUUCUGUCUGAGUCCCCGGCCACCAUGGCAGACCCGCAUCACUCCGCUUUCAGGAACCAGCCACCAGAUUCUGCAUUUCAGCCCGCCCGGGGGAAUUUGCUCCGCGGGGCCUUUCCUCAGUCAAUUCCCCGUGCCCGCGGCCCGGCACAGCGCCGGUCCCCCGAGCAGGGGAAGCCCCGCUCCCGCCGGCCCCGGGGCGCGGUUCGGGCUCCCCGCUCCUCCCGGCCGGAGCGAGGCAGCAUCGCCGAAAUCCAGCCGAGCCGCCCGGCCGCAGCUCCGGUACCCGCGGUGAGCGCCCGCCCGGGGCCGCCGGGCUCAGGGCUCACUUCAGAUGGCCGAGAACACCCCCAGGAGCCUGCAGGACACCCCCGGCUCUUCUCCUGAUGAAAACGAGUUUCCUUUUGGAUACCCCACCAACAUUUGUGAGGAUGUGCCUGGUCAGAAGUACCUGUGCAGCAACUGCAACAACAUCCUGAAGAAAGCCCUGCAGACGCUGUGUGGGCACAGGUACUGCUCUGCCUGCCUCACCUGGAUCGUAAGAAACAAUAAAAAUGCAAUUUGCCAGAAAUGUAAAGAGGAAGAUCCCAACACUUUAAGUGAGGAAAGCCUAUUGGCAGAAGAAAGGGCUUUUGGUGAUGCUGCCAUUAAUAAAGAGAUUUCUGAACUCAGAGUCCACUGUGUGACCCUUGGAUGCAGCUGGUCUGGCAUCAUGAAAGAUUUUGAAGAGCAUCAGAGUUUAUGUGAAUAUGCUUUGAUCCCUUGUCACACUGGCUGUGGACAUGUGGUGAUGAGGAGGAAGCUGGCAGAUCACUUGGAAAAUGGAUGUGUCAAUAAUGUGACAGUGUGUCAGCAGUGCCAGUGCAGCUUGGCCAGCUCUGAAUACCAGGAGCAUUUGUGUGAAGGCAAGGAACAAAAACCUGUGCAAACAGAAACAGCUUCAAAGGAGAAGAGCUACUCUACAUCCUCAACCAACAAGGAUGGAUGUCGUUUCUCUGAAAUUGGCUGCACAUUUAGGGGAAGCAAAGAGAAGAUAAAGGAGCACGAGAAAUCCGCAGUGGGGGCCCACAUGCUGCUCCUGCUGCAGCACAUGAGGCAGCUGAAGGGAACCUUGUGCUCUGCUGCCAAAGCUGCACCGGGCUUCACCCCGCAGUCAGAGCUGAACCCAGUGAAGAGUGCAGGAAAAAGCAUCUCUGACCUGCAGAUCCCAGCAGGGCUGGAAAUCAGUGGGGAUCCAGAGGUGGACUGUUUCCCUGGAUCUUCUGUUCCUGAAGAUGAGUCUGUCCUGCACCAACUCGUGAGGGAGAAAGUGAUUUCUGAGCUAGAAAAUAAGCUGCAUGUGUUUGAGAACAUUGUGGCAGUGCUCAAUAAGGAGGUGGAGAGCUCUAAUUUGGAAAUCCUGGCCUUCCGGAGACAGAGCGAACUGGACCAGAACAUAAUACGGGGCCUUGAGCUGAAGAUUGCAGAGUUGCACCGGUGCCUGACGCAGAAGGACGCAGGCCUGAGCAGCCUGCACAAGAGCCUGCUGUUCUCCGAGCAAGCCUCCUACGACGGGAUCUUCCUCUGGAAAAUAACAGACGUUGGCAGGAAGCUCCAGGACUCUGUGACUGGCAGGACAGUCGGUUUGUAUUCCCCAGCUUUCUACACUGCAAAGUAUGGCUACAAGGUGUGUCUGAGGGUGUACCUGAACGGGGAUGGGACAGGGAAAGGAACCCACAUGUCCCUGUUCUUCGUUGUCAUGAAAGGAGACUACGACGCUUUGCUCCCGUGGCCUUUCAGGCACAAGGUGACAUUUAUGUUGCUCGACCAAAAUAACAGGGAACACAUAAUUGAUGCCUUUCGCCCGGACCUGACUUCUGCAUCGUUCCAGAGGCCAGUGAACGACAUGAAUGUGGCCAGUGGCUGCCCCAUGUUCCUCCCCUUGUCCAAACUGCAGUCCCCCAAGCACGCCUACAUAAAAGAGGACACGCUUUUCCUUAAAUGCAUCAUAGAAACAAAUUAGCAAAUCCUGAAAUACGCUUGUACACAGAAGUCACCUGCUGAAUGUCAACAGAUUAUGAGAAAAAAGCCAUCAGUUUGAGAGCUUGUGUUAGUUUUUGUGUACACAAAAUGCACAGAGCCUGAGCCUGCAUCCCCUGCAUCCACUGCCAUCACCUGGAGCUGCCCCCGUGCAGCAGCUGCUGGAAUGGGAUUGUUUCACCAAACCAGGCAAUUCUCAUGGUUUAGGUGUCAGUCUCAGUCACCCCCACCCCACACUCGUGGAGAAGGGGCUGUUCUUCCUCCCAGCUGGCCCUGCUGUGGCUGUGGUGCUGCCGGGGUGCCUGGCAGGGAGUGUGGCUGGAUUCCCUUCCCUGGGAUGGACAGGUUUGUGGGGUGAGGCUGAGCAGUCCCAUCCUCGGGCAGCCCUGCAGGGUGUGCAGCUCCCUUUCCCGGCAGGGAGGGAGGGAGCUCCUGUCAGCCCUCGCUGGCUGGCAGCCGCAGGGGGGGAUUUUGGCUGUUCCCCAGUGGGAGCAGGGACAGAUUCCUUCCCCUGAGGCUCAGAUCAGGUGUCUCUGUGCUUCCCCAUGACCUUGGAAGCCAAGAGUGUGGCCAGCGCUGGUGGCUGCAGUCCCUUCCCCAGGGGAUUUAUUUCUUGCUGUUUAUUUCAGACCCCUCUUUCAGUGCUCUGUAAGGAGAUGUUGUGUUGCAUCAGCAGACAAGGACCAGAUUACACUGUGCCUUCGGGGAAUCACCUCUUGGAUUUCCAAAGGAGGCCUGGGACUUUCCCACUGUGGAUACAGAGCUCUGGGAAGGCCAGAGCUCUGCUCCAGGUGGGGUCAGAGUUUGGUUUAAUGUCCAGUCACUUCCUGAACCUUCAAGGCAGGUGACUUAUUAGAAAUUAUUGAUUUCUUUUUUGCUUAAUUCCUUUUGUGUGCUCUGAUGUUUAAGUUUCUUUGCACGCUAAAAUAGAAUUAACUGCUGGAAAUGGUUUUGUUCUUUUUGGGUUUUCUAAUGGAGGUAAAGAAUGAAUAAUUUUUUUAAUAACUGAGACAAGCUUGGGACCGUCUGCAUGUGUGCAAAAUCUCUCACUUCUAUCUUGGCAACAGCCUUUAAAAUAAUUAGUUGUGAUAAAGCAUCAAAUUUCAAAACCACCCACCCCAUAAACAAAUAUCUAUCAAAGAUUGUUGGAAAGGAACUGGAUAUUCUUUGCCAUCACAUCUGUGUGUCUUUUCCUCUAUUCUAUCUUUCAAAUGUUCUUCCAGGGACAGAAAGUGAUUUUUUCCAGCUAUGUGCCAGCCCCUGUCACGACACUGGAGUAAUUUACCUAAAUAUAUUAUGCUUUUCCUGGCUGUAUCACUAUGACAAGUGCUGUAUUUAUUAAAAUCAUUCAUAUUUUCUUACAAUUUUAUUUAUUUCCUAAAUAAAGCUCACUAACUUAAGAAA